AAGCUAUUGGAAAUGGCCCCAGUUAUUUAACAUGGCAACCACUCAUGGCCGUGCACAGAUGUGAGGGCAGAGCAGUGCGCAGCGGUAACGUUAGCAACGCCGUCCGUCAACCGUCCACUGGACCUGCGGCGUCAAACAGCCGUUGACACCAAGACGUCAUCGUUCGAACGGAAGAGAAUGGAGUGCGCGAGGAGUGCGUUCCACGCUCAACUGGCCACCGUCAUGGACUCGCUGCUCGCGGCCGCCGUGUGCGAGAUCGCCAAGAUCUACGAGAGCAGCCUGUGCGAGCAGCAGGCGGAGAUCUCCGUCCUCAGGGCCAAGCUGGAGAGGAGGCAGAGGGCAAAGGGUGCAGGGGGCGAGGAGGGGGAGGUGUCAUCCGGGGACAGAGAGGGGAGGCCGCAGAGCGUGGCAGGAUCAGGACUAAAUAUGGGGAAGGACACGUCUUCUCAUUCAAACCCAGUCGAAGGACUCAGUCAAAACCUCAGGGGGCUGAAAGAAGAGGUCACAGGCCAGACUGGCGCUUCAGUAAAACACGAGCGUGCUAUAUCUCGACCUUCUCUUGGGUCUGUCGCGGUCCAAGUCCCAGAGGGAAGCCUUGCUGCUGGGGACCAGAGGCAGAUAGAUACCCUGUCUGGCACACAAGCCAAGGCCAAAUUGUCUCAUUGGGAUCAGGACAGUGCAGACCACAGAUCACUCCAGGAUCAAGCCUCCACCCCCUUUCUCUCAAUCUCCCAGAGUGGACGCUGCUCCCCCAGGCCUGACCCAAGCCUAGCUCAACCAGGGGAGUGGUUACCGGGGUUGGAUUCCGGCCGAGGUGGGGUGUCGGGUCUGGAUAACCUGCAGACGGAUGGCACCAGUUGCUCCGGUCCAGCUAGCAGCAGCACUGGCGCAGACACACCUUGCUUCCGACCGGGCUUUGUCUCCGACGAGACCAGCAACGAAGAUGACGAUAGCUCCUUCCCUUUCCUGGACCAGGAGCCUGAAAACCACAACUCCAAUCAGAACUCGGUGCAGGUCCAGGGCGGAGGGCAGAGGGGGGCUCGGCAGGUUCAGCCCCAACCUCCCUCUGGAGAAUCACCAUGGAGACCCAGAGAUGACAGGAGCGGGAGAGGCCCUGUGAAUCACACACGGCGGCUCACUACUUUUGGCAGUAGAGACCCUCUCCGACCACAGUCCAAUUCACAGUCGCUCACGCUGCGACACACAAACACCCUCAGCCACCCUCCGGCUCCCGGCGGAGGGAAUGGACGGCCUUACACCUGCCCGUACUGCACCAAGUGUUUCACCUACCCCUCCCACCAGCGCAGACACCUUUUACGCCACACAGGAGUCAGACUGCAUCCCUGUCAGUUUUGUGACAAGAGCUUCCUCACUCCCUCUGAGCUCACCGUGCACACUCGCACACAUACAGGGGAGCGGCCUUUUGGCUGCGCUCAGUGCGGUAAACGUUUUGCCCGCAGCGGGAACUUGAGAGCCCACCAACGGGACGUUCACAUGGGGAAGAGGCCCUUCGCCUGCACAGAGUGUGGGAAGAGAUUUGCCCACAGGGGGAACCUGAGGGUGCACAAUCACAGAGUCCAUCAGGGAGAUCCCUACUACAUGGAUGAACAGCAGGAGCCCGACAUAGGCCCUAAUCCCAUUUGAAAAACAAUGGCUCUGCACUUUACUUUUGUUUGCAAAUGAAACCUUAUUGAACUGUAACUUAUUUCUGAACACAUAAAACCGUUUGAAAGUAUUUUAGGUUUUUGUUUGUUUGCUUUUUAUAUUUCAUAUGGGGAAACCGUAAGAUUUAGCCCCAUCACAUUUUAUUAUAUGUAAUCAAUACAAGGUCAAAGUACAUUUUAUUUAAGUGUCUUGAAUCAAUGUCAACAGUUAAGUGGAGAGCUUUGUAUUAACUGUAUUGGAAAUGACUGGAUAUAAUCAUCCAUGAAUGAGGAAUAUUAUCUACUGUUGUAUAGAAAAUAACUUUUCUCUGGGAUUACUUUAUCUUCCAGUCAUGUUCUUCCCUAUCAGUGACAAAAAGGUCACUGAACAGAAACCUCAAAGUAAUGUUUUACAUAAAGCCAGUAAAGAAACUAGUUGGUUUUAGAUUUAGACAUGGCAUGCAGAGGUAGGAUAGCACGUCUCUUCCUUCUAGGUUGUGCUUGAGUAAUGCCCGUCUCCUCAAACUUUUAUUUGUUGUAAAAUGGAAACGUGUUAUCGAAACUAGUACAUAACCGUGUUGUUAAAGAGGAACUGUGCUUUUAUUUUUCAUUCCGUUUUUGCAAGGUAAAAUUAAAUAAUAUACU